AUGAUCGCCAUUCCGAUGCGAGUGGACGACGAAGCAGAGAAGGGUGCAACAAAAGACUUUCGCCUUUUCGGUGGCCCUCGAGCUCUCCCCGCCACCAACGACGCUCCAUUUAGCCCUAUAUAA